AUGCAUGGACAAAAGCGCCAGCAGAUAGCCAAAACCAUGUGGAAAAUACGAAGUAAUGAAAAAGAAAAAACAGAUGACGUGGCUGCAGCAAUGGAGACAGAGAUAGAGAGAGUACAGGGUCAGGACCCCACCGCACCAGCAUGGCCUUCGGAGCCGCCCCCAUAUCCUGACAACAUGAAUCCAUUCAGAAUGGGACAGUAUCCACUCCUGAACAUGGGCCCUGAGGAAGGAAAAGUAACAGGGCAACUACAGGGAGAUUUCACUUUCAGUCUGAACAAAGCACCUGAAAUCCACAUUAGGCAAGCGCCUGAACUACCAGUCAAGUCAGGACAGCUGGUCGAAACUGACAUGGGAAAAGAGGACGGGAAAACAACAUGUGAUAGUGAACGGUCCCAGGAUAGUCGAGACAGAAGGGAGUACCAAGAGAAAGCGGCAGCCAAAGCAGAAGUGGCGCACCUGGCUGAUAAACUGAAUUACCUGGAAGAGGGGCACGGCCUAAACAAAAAAGCAGAGGGCAACCAUCGGAGGAGUGGGCCCACCUCACACGGACAUGUGAAGACUGGGAGCAGUCAUUACGUAGGAUGGAUGACGUAUUUCGUCACCAACCUGACGACAAAAUUACGAGUCCACAGAGAAAAAACACCCACGCCCAGGCCAACGCCUUAUGACAGACCCAACAAGGAUCCCCACAGCGCAUGGCAACAGAACAACGACAGAGGGGCAAUGCACUUAAGUCUGGAAGGGACCAUAACUCCACAAGACAGAAGAGCUGCGAAAGUGGAGAAGGCUUCAGUCGACAGUCCACCGCCCAGACGACACCCACAGGAAGAGCAACAGCGGCGCUGGGUGAGAGAUGGAGGAAGACUGGGGAGAAGAUCCAGCCAAAUGGACCACCCAGCCGAAGGGGGAAUAGAAGACCUAGACGCACCAACCUCACUGUGCCCCCUGGUGGUGAAAGGAGCUGGACAAAAUCCCAUGUACGUGCCAUGGUCAUUCAUGGACAUGAUCGGCCUAGCAGGGAGACUGCCCACACUCACGGAUGGAGCAAAUAAAUGGAUAACAGCACUGGAAGAGAGCACAGCAGGGGUGACUCUGGCUCUCGGAGAUAUAAAGGCUCUACUGAUGCAUACUGCCGGAAAACAAAUAACAGAAGAAAUCUUCCAGGGUGCACAACUGCCAAUAGUGGUGUCCGGAAACCAAGUGGACGGUGUAGGGUUCGGAGGUCAUCGCAACCAAGUAUGGGCAGAGCUAAGGAAACACUACCCAGAGAAGAUGGAUCCCUCCAAGCUGGAGGGCGAAAUGCUGAAAGACGACGAGUGUCCAUCCAAGUUUCUGCAUGUUUUCCAACGCAGAUGGAGAGAUGAGACAGGGAGUGCCUGGAACACGAACAACACCACACAGAGACUGUUUAUGCUAAUGGUGAAGAAGGCAAUGCCACUGGAAGUACAGAAGUGUCUGGACGGUGUGGUGGGUCUGAUGAAAAUGGACUGGCCACUGUUCUCAGAACACAUUGUCCAUCACGUUGAUAAUAGCAGGAAAGAUAAGCGGGAGGCGGAAGAACUAAACAAGCAACUUGUCAACAAGCUAGCGCAACUGCAGCUGGGAGAACUGUGUAAGCUGAAAAAAGACAAAGCCAAGACACAAGCCCCGGUUAUAACAACACCACCCCAGGCUCCCGAGAACCCGACACUCCAGGCCCCAGUGAUGUUCCAGCCACCACCCAAGCCACCUGUUGCAACAGGACCAGUACAGGCAGCAAUAGUUAACCCUACAGCUCUGCCACCAAUCCAUGUGCACAUUGGACCCCCAGAUGGCAUCUAUCGAUCCUGGAAGGGAAAAGGUGGACCUAUGCAGCGAGGUGGGAACUCCCAGGGGGGAGGAGGACAAGGCCCACCCCCACAGCAUUACGGACAAGCACAGUCCAACCCCAAUCAGUAUGGACAAACACAGUCCAACCCCAAUCAGAACGGACAAGCGCAGUCCUACCCCAAUCGCACUGACAAUCAACAAGCUAAUGGCACUGUAUCUCCUGAUGCCCGGUUUCAUAGAAUUUCAGCGAGAAAUUACAACGUAGGGACAGCUGAGAUAGUGGUUGUAAAUGUAAAGACACCAUCACAUCAAUGCCCAUUGUCGGAACAUGAAGAUGUGUUAGGACAGGUGCCCCCAUCCCUAUGGUCAAAACAUAAGACGGAUGUGGGUUUUAUACGGGCAGCAGACCCCAUACACAUAAAAGUGAAGAAGGGAGCAAGAUUACCAUACCAGAGGCAGUACCCACUCCGACAACACGCCAUAGACGGGAUUAGACCCACGAUUAGGGGUUUAGUGGAUGCGGGAGUCUUAAUAGAGACAAAAAGUUCCUGUAAUACACCCAUCUUUCCAAUAAAGAAGCCACAUUCUAAUGAUUAUCGGUUAGUACAUGAUCUGCGGGCUAUUAACUCCAUUGUGGACGUUCCAAAGGCAAUUGUUCCCGAUCCACAUACACUACUUUCUAACAUACCCCCAGGUACCAAAUGGUACACCGUCAUCGAUCUGUGCUCUGCCUUUUUCUCAGUUCCCCUACACACUGAUUCACAGUACCUGUUUGCUUUCACCUUUGAAGGCAAACAAAUGACUUAUACUCGGUUACCCCAGGGAUUCCUGGACAGCCCAGCUGUGUUUAAUCGAGUGUUGGCCCAGGACCUGCAGAACCUGCACGUCACUAGUACCGUCUUGCAGUAUGUAGAUGAUAUCCUUAUUUGCAGUAGUUCAAAGGAGCAGUGUGAGAGAGACUCUGUCACCGUGUUAAACCAGCUGGCAGAAGGCGGUCAUAAGGUCAGUAGAGAUAAGUUGCAGUUCUGUCAGACGACAGUUGAUUAUUUGGGGAGACGACUUAGUGGGGAUAAGAGGCAGAUAGCUCUGUCACAGAUAGAGGCCAUAGCCAGAGCUCCGAAACCACAGACGGUAGGGCAAAUGCUCACCUUGUUGGGAAUGGCGGGAUACAGUAGACCAUGGAUUUGUGACUAUGCCCUCAAAUCAGCGCCUCUGCGGGCCCUUAUUAGGGCUGCGGGGCAGACCAGUAAUGCUGCUGCUCUGCAGUGGACCGAAGAGGCGGAGGGCGCUUUCUUGGCCCUUAAAAGUGACAUGCAAUCCGCCCCCGCCCUUGGCAAUCCGGAUUACUCAAAACCAUUUCACCUAUAUGUUGCAGAACGGUCUGGAUAUGCUACUGCUGUGUUGUUGCAGGACACGCCCAUUGGGAAACAACCGUUAGCCUAUUACAGUACAAAACUGGAUAAUGUAGAGGCAGGACUCCCACCCUGCUACCAGGGACUGGCAGCCGCUGUCUUUGCUUUCAAGAAGGCAUCAUCACUAACCAUGGGACACCCAGUCACGUUAUAUACGUCCCAUCAACUGUAUGCCUUACUCACAAGUCCCCGGUUUGUGUUAACACAGGCCAGACGGACUGGCUACGAGGUGAUACUGUCUGCACCAGAGCUCACCAUUCAAAGGUGCAGCAUAGUAAACCCAGCAACUAAGAUGGUGUUACCUGUAGAUGGGACACCACAUGAUUGUGUUCAUGUAACUGAUGUAUUUAUGCGGGCACGCGACGACUUGCACAAUGAGCCCAUCGUAGCAGACCUCACAUUGUUUGUGGAUGGAUCUUGCUUUAGGGAUGCUGUAGGUAACCAUGCAGGUUACAGCGUGGUGCAGCUUAAGGAUGACACCACAUUUGAGAUACUCCAAACUGUAAAAGUGGACCAACCAUGUUCAGCCCAAUUGGCUGAGAUCAAGGCUCUUACAGCUGCAUGUCAGGUGGCGUCGGGUAAGAGUCUUAAUGUUUAUACUGACUCUGCAUAUGCAUAUGGUGUGUGUCACGUGUAUGGUAACAUAUGGAAACAGAGAGGUUUCCGUCGAGCGGAUGGUACAACUAUCAGUCACGGAAGCUCCAUUUCGCACCUUUUAGAAGCUAUGCACGUUCCAACGGCCUUGGCCAUUAUUAAGUGCCCAGCCCACCAAAAGACAGAUACUCUCAUAGCCAAGGGUAACAAUAUGGCCGAUGAGGCGGCCAGACAGGCAGCGACAGGGGCAGUAAUGGGACCCGUACAGGUAGCUGAGGACCCUGCCCCUCUUACCACGUUGUCUUCCCUUGUGUUAGCACAGGACGGAGUCAGUCCCCAGGAAAAGGACAUGUGGGUGAGACGGGGGGCGAUACAAACCACUCAAGACGGACCGCACAAAGGUCUAUGGAGGAGCUGUCAGGGACAUUUUGUCCUACCUAGUUCGUUGUUACGCUUUGCUGUUAGGAAUGCGCAUGGCGGCGACCAUGGCGCAAGGGGGGAGACUAUACGUCGUCUUCAGGCCGUAUGGUGGUCCCCAUACUUAGCAGCCACAGUUGAUAGAGUGUUACACGAAUGUGAGGUAUGUGCACAUUAUAAUGUUAGGAAAACACUUCCUGCCCCCAUAUCACACAUCCCAACACCUGAUGGACCAUUUCGACAUUUGAUGAUCGAUUAUGUUGACAUGACGCAACGCAUAGGAAGGCUGAGAUACAUCUUGGUAGUAAUAUGUCGAUUCAGCAGAUGGGUAGAGGCGGUACCAACUGCAGGUCCAGACUCCCGAUCAGUAGCAACAUUUUUGUGUAGAGAGGUCUUUCCGAGAUUCGGAAUCCCGGAUAGCAUAAGCUCAGACAAUGGACCGCACUUUGUGGCUGAAACCUUUAAAUUGGCAUUGAAAAUGCUAGGUAUUAGACAAAGGUUUGGCUGUGUUUACCAUCCCCAGUCACAAGGGACAGUCGAGAGGGCCAACGGUAUCUUGAAAGCUAAGUUAGCAAAGAUCAUGGCCGAUGGUAAGUUAAACUGGGUACAAGCUCAAAAUAGGUUUAUCAUUGAAACCAUACUAGCAGAAGAUCAGGGAAUGAACACGGCAGACGACCCCAACCAGAAGAAUGACCAAGGCAACCCAACCCCCCGGCAGACGCCAACUUCAUCCAUGCCAUCCCCAACAAGUCAGAAACCCCCAACUCCAGGUCUAGAUUUACGUCAGAGAAGAAAGUCAGGUUCCCAGCGACCCCAGACAAAGGAAGUGGCAGAUCCAGCCCAUAGACCUGCCUCCCCCUCAGGACCAUCAUCCAGUGAUCAACCACCAUCAUCCAGCGGCCAACCACCACCUCCAGGAGACCAGACCAGACCAGGUGGAGCGGAGGGCCCAACGGCGAGGGAAUCCACGGACGACGCGGACGAGGGCCCUGAUGACGAGACGGAUGACGACGCUGACGACGAAAUGAUGAUAGCCGGUUCCUGGACCACUGAGGCCAUACAACGGAUCGGAGACAUGUCACUGGCUAAGUUUAGGAGCCUCCAGCAACGUGUGUCCCGAAGGAUUAGACAACGUCUCGCUACUGCUAGAAAGCGCGGGCAAUCACUGCAGCGGUGGAGAGUCCGCCGCCAGGAAGACACUCGUCAGAAGGACGAGUGUCUGGCAGUUCAGCACCAUAAUCGGGUGCUGAUUCGCGAGAAUGAGGAGCUCAGAGAGACGAUGGACAGAUUGCAGCGGGUGUGGGGAACCUCUCAACGCAUUUACCCGCCAAACCCGCCACCACGUGGAUAG